UGACGUCAGUGUGCAGUAAAUAAGGAAGUCUGAGAUCCGGUAGUUCCCCUAAACUUUAAGAGAACUAUUAGACAGUUCGCUCAAAAACCAGUUCGGGCUUCGCCAUCGCAUGUUAAUGAAACUCCAGUCUUUUCAUGCUUUCCUAGUCUUUAAUGUUGAGUUAGUAUUGAUUUUUUUCUGACCGGAACUGGUAGAAAAUUCAAAAAAGGUGACAAACAGACCGCAGGAUGGAUGUUACUCACCUGACGGAGGACGAAAUGGCCGAUAUAAAGAAGGAAGCCAUAGACAGGUUGCGUCCGUACCUGGUGGAUAAGAUCAUCGCCGAGCGGCACUUUGAUUACUUGCGCUCAAAGAAAAUCCUGACCAGAGAGGACACAGAAGAGAUCAGCUGCCGAACCACGAGAGGGAGACGCACCAGCAAGCUGCUGGAUAUACUCGCAGAAAACCCUCGGGGUCUAGACGUGCUCAUAGAGUCCAUCAAAUGGGGCCGAACUCUCAACUUCAUCAUCGCAAAGAUCACUGAUGAGGUGCAGCGCGUGAAAAACGAGCGACUGGAAGCUUUAAAAGGGUCCUCAGCUAAUUCAGGUUAUUCAAUCACAAAAGGAGCAACCAAUGACUUCUCCAAAAUGGACUCGGACUACGACAAGUAUUCCACUAUGUGUUAUCAUCCCGAAGGCGAAGGAAGUCAGUCGUCGUCUGUGGCCACGGCGUCCUUUAACCUGCGUUACGGCUCGGGCCGAGUGAACGAGGCUCUGUCGGUCUGUGGAGGGACUGGCAGCAUGAACGUGUCCUCCACCGUCUCAUCGAGUCUGCCCAAACCUGGAGACCCCGGAGCUCCGCCGCUGCCCGAGGAGCCGGAUCUAGACGACCAGGAUCUAGACGCUGCUGUUUGUGGAAGUACAGGAAGUAGCGGAGAUGCUAACAUCCAGCCGCUGCGCUCACGUUCUCUGUCUCCGCACAUGCCAUAGUGCAAACCUCCAACACAGUCACCUAAAAUCACUCAAAGAGAGCGAUUCAGAACACUCUCCAAAACAGUUGUCUCUCACAAGCAUCCUCACACUGUAAAAUAAUAAUAAUUUGUCAUGCUUGUUAAAUUGAGUCAUUUUGUUUCUACUUUAACUGUCUCCAGUCUACUGACAUAUGUACAAGUUGGUAACACUUCACUUGAAGCGUUAUGAAGGUGUAUGUAUAAUGCAUUAUAAAGUUAUUUAUAAUCUACAAUUGCAAUGCAUUGCAUCUUUUCAUAAAUAAUCGGGGUCGAAUGCAUUCUGAUAUUUAAGGUUUGUUUGUCAUGUGUUCUAACGCUUUUGAUUUUAUAAACCUGUAACGAAUAGAUAUCACAACUGUGGUUACAGUUAUUCAUGAGAUCAUACGAUGCAUUAUAUAGUGCAUAAUGCAUUAAUAUACAUUACUUUUAUAAUGCUUUAAGUAAAGUUUUAGUGAUUUUUGAAGCAUUAACUGAAACUGGGCAGUGGAUUUUGAGUCUCCUGCAUGUUCUGCAUAAAGGGCUGGAAGAGUAAAAUGUGUUAGUCUGAGUAAAGGGAAAACCCUGUUGGUGUUUAAUGCUAUUGUGUUUGACAUUUAAAGAGUUUCUAGAUUGUGUUUUUGUGGUUACCAUUGUGCCGAAGAGCGGAGCUUGUGGUGAAGAUGAGGGUGGAUCAUGAUUUAAGUUUAUAGUAUGUUGUUCCACUCGGUGAUGACAUCACAGCAGAGCUGAGGAGUUCAUAUUACUCACUUUUACAAGUAAAUAGUUGUGUAACGUAUCGACAGACGUUAGGUAGACUUCACCUUAUUUACUGUGUUACAGCUGAUUAAUGUAUGUGUAGCUUUGGGAUUAAAUCGACUCAAACAAACAUCAA